CAUCAAGUUCUAAGACCCUGACCAAAGCUGAACUCUGUGCCCUGGCCAUCUGAAGCGAGAGCUGGUGAGAGCUUGCUCGCUUGUGGACAAAAUGUGUUGAUAGGAAGCUACGUGCUUGCUGUAUACCAACCUAUAUGCAAAGAACUCGCUUCUUGGCGCCCGGCAAAAAUCGCUCAUUGCGCUCGCCGAGAUCCUUGCCCCUGCUGUCUUCCCUGACUUGUUCGUGCAUUCACAUAAGCUCGUGUGCUUGGAACAUAUACGUCGCAAACGCCUGAGACACAAGGCGUGCGUAUUUUGACGAUCUUUGCGACGCCGCUCGCGUUUGACAAAAUCCCAUUCAUAACAACGAUAACUGCAGUAACAAAGUCACUUGAAAUCAGAAGAUCCAGGAGCGGCUUAUUGGCAAAGAGCAAGCUUGCGUCCCGCAGUGAUGCGGGCCCUCGGGUGAAGCCGAUGGACACGUCCAGACUCGAUUCUUGCUAUAAAUGUUGAGAGUCGGCGCGGCUGAUGUCGGGGUCGGCCUCGGCGGUGCCGGGGCUCCAGGCAGCGCCGGCGGACCGCCCGCCCCCUCCUCGCGCAGCCACCUCGCCUCGCGCCGCGCCGCCCGCGCUCGCUGGUCCGGCGCCGCGUGGGGCGGCGUGCUAGCUCCUGAUGCUCUCUUGGCGGCAGGGGCAUGUGGUCGCGCUGCCGGCCCGUUCAAGGCCUCACGCGCCGCGACCCCCGGAGCGUCCUCCUCGCCACAGCCGCAGCCGCACCAGCCCCCGCCGGCCCGACCAACCGGCAGCGGCUGCAGCCCUGCCCACCACCAGCACCAGCACCACCACUUGCAGCAGCACCCACAGCACGGCUUUGCGCCGGCCGUGGUGGCGGCCGCGGUCUCCUCCGUGUCGUCCACCGCCGCACUGACCGCCGCCUCGGCCUCGCCUUCCGCGGGCCCCGACGCCCGGCCGGCCGGGCCACUGGAGCUGACCCCGGCCGUGCAUGGCGGCGGUGGCUGCUGGGAGCUCGCGCCAAGGCUGCCGCACCCAGCAGCAACUGCCGUGCCGACUGCGGCAGUGGCAGUGGCGGUAGCAGGGACAGGGGCAGUGGCAGGAGCUGCGCCGUUGCCUCGUGAGCACGCUGGCUUGAACGCUUGCGAAUCUGCCGCGGCGGCCAACGUCCUUGUUGUGGCGGCACCGCACCUGGUCGGGCGGCGGUAUGUGCAUUCCAGUGUGGACCUCAACGGCCACAGCGCUGCAGUGGCGGCAGUGACGCCAACGACGGCAGCGGCAGCAGCGGUGCAGUCCGACCCGUCGGAUGCGGCGGCUGCGGCGGAGCAGGUGCGGUUGCGGCGGCUGCAGCAGGACGCAAGCGGCGACGACGCGCCCAGCACCUCUUACGGCGGCGGCAGCAGCAGUAGCAGCAGGGGCAGUAGCGGCAGUGGCAGCGCUCGCCGGUCGUCACGUCGUGCAGGUGUGCGGCGGAGAUCGCCACUGCCGGGCAACACUGCUGGUGCCAUUCCACAGGUGGCCACCGCCGCUGCAGCAGCAACAGCCAGCAGCACGACGAGGGCCGCAAGUGAAGACCAAGGCCAGGGCCAGGGCUGGGGUCCCCUCUGGACCCGGCAGCAAUGGCAGGCGCUGGCCGGCGCUCCUCUUUCCGGCGCGGCACUCACACGAGCCUUGGCUAGCGCUGAGAGCUGGCAGGAGCUGGGGGCGCUGCUGCUGCUCGCCACUGCCGCCCAGCCCCAACCGCUGGCCCAACCACCACCGCAGCAGUCCCAACUGCCGCCGCCUCUGUCCGCCGCCAGCGCCGACCUGCUGAACUCCACUCAUGUGGCGGCGGCGCUGGUGGCCCUGGCGCACCUGGCGGCGGAGGAGGAGGCGGCGGCGGAGAAGGAGGAGGAGGGGGCGCCGGGUCCGUGGGGGAGGCAGGGGGCGGGCGCAGUGGAGGCGCCGGUGGGGCCGGCCAGCGCGGAUCCGGGUGCCGUUGAGACGCCUGAGGAGGACGCCGAGGACGGGGACGGGCGGAGCCCCCAAGAGGAGCAGCAGCAGCCGCUGCGGCUGGCGGGUGGUGCGGCGCUGGUGGCGGCGGAGGCGCACUACGGCGGGCGGCUGGGGGCGCUGGCGGCGGAGCUGGCGGCGGCGGCUGUGGCGGCGCCGCGUCUGGCCGCCUUGAGCGCGCGCGAGCUCAGCAACGUGACCUGGGCCCUGGCGCGGCUGCGGCAGAGGGGCCACCUGCAGGACCCGGACCCGGACCAGAGCCCCAGUGCCGCCGGCACGUCGCCUGCCGCGGGCUCGGGGGCGGCGUCAGGGCGGUGGCCGGGGUGUGCGGCUGCUGCCACCGCCCUGCAGUGCGCGUGCGGCCCCCGGUGGGGUCAGUUCAGUGGGCCGGAGAGCGCGGUGCUGCUGUACGGCAUGGUGCUGCUGGCGCUGGGUGGGACCAGGGGGAAGGGCCGGGGGGGCACGGACACGACCGACACGGGGCUGUCGGCGUGGGACCUCCUUGGGCCGGAGGAGGCCGCCAGCAGCAGCACUGGUAGUAGCAGCACUGGCAGUAGCAGUGGCUGUAGCAUGAGCUGGCUGGCCGCGUGGUUCGCGGACUCGGCGCGGCCCGAGGUGGUGGGCGGCUGGGGCCCCCGCGGCCUGUCCGCAGUGCUGUGGGCGCUGGCGCAGCUGUGGGACCAGCCCUCACCCUCGGACUCGGCGGCAGCUCCACCUGCCUCCUCGCCCUCCACGAGGCGGCAGCAGCUGCCGCCGCUGCCGCCGCUUCCUGCGGGCUGGUGUGCCGCUGUGCGUGUGCGACUGGCGGCACAGCUGCCUCACCUGCACCCGGGCCCGCUGGUGGGUGUGGCCUGGGGCAUGGCCCGACUGCAGACCUGGCUACUGCCGCACAGCGCACCAGGCCUAGGUGCCGGUGAGGCCGGCAGUAGCAGCAACGACAGCAGUAGUAGCAGUAGCAGCAGCAGCCCGGAGGCUCUGCUGGGCACGCUGGUGCGGGUGGCGACGCGGCGGGUGUCGGCCGCCCCCACCCUCCGAGACCUGUCCCAGCUGUCCUGGGCGGUGGGGCGACUCAGUGCGGCGCUGUGGGGCCAGCAGCAGCAGCGGCAGCAGCAGCAGCAGGGGCAGGGACACGGAGACGCAGGCCUGGCGCUGCAGCCGUGCCCUGUGCCGUCACCUCAGCCACAGCGGCCGCCGGUCGUAGCAGUGGCAGUAGCAGAGGCAGAGGUAGUGCCGGCAGUGCCGGCCGCUGCCGCCGCUGCCGCUGCCGCAGCUGUUGGGGCCUCCCCCACUGCAGCCUCCCCCGCCGCCCCUGCACCCACGUCGCCGGCACCUACGGCCGCACCGCGGCCCCCGAUAGCAGCGGCGACCUCGGGCCCCCCUGCACCUGCUGCUGCCGCCUCCGCCUCGAGCCCUACCGCCUCCGCUCCCGCCCCGCCGCCUGCACGUGACUGGGGCGCCUGGGCUGACCAGUGCGACUCGCCCUUUGCGCUGUGGGAGGAGGAGGAGGGCGGACUGCUGGCGCCGCCUUCAGCCACACGGCAGCAGCAGCGCCGGCAGGGCGCCGGCACCGGCAUCUGCACGGGGGGGCCCUCCCAGCCGCCUGCGGCUGCUGCUGCUGUCAGGUCGCCGGUGUCCCUCAUGGAGCGACCCAACCGCAGGGCCGCCAGCCAGCAGCAGGGGGAGGCGGGGAGCGGCUCCCCCACGGCCUCCCCCACGGCCUCCCCCACGGCCUCCCCCACCGGCUCCCUCAGCUCCAUGGACGUGCCGGUGGCUACAGCGGCUGCGGCUGCGGCAGCUGUAGCGGCUGCAGCGGCUGUAGCAGGGGCGGGCAGCGCCUUGCGUUCCAUGGACGGCAUUAGCGGCGGCAGUAGCAGUGGCAGCGGCAGUAGCAGUGGCUGGCGGCGGGCACACGAGCAGCAGCAGUCGACUGCCCUGGGCUGCGGCGGCGGCUGGCAACAGCAGCACCAGCAUCAGCACCAGCAGCGUCACCUGCAGCCUCCGCCGCCGCCUGCACGGCCGCAGGACGCCAACGUGCAGCGGCUUGCGCAGCUGGGCCGGUGCGUGGUGCAGCGGUGGCAGGAGCUGUGUGGCUACAACACCACUGGCGCUGCCACCAACACCACCGCCAACUCCAGGUCCACAUCAGCAUCUGGCGCCGCACGCAGCGCUAACGGCUCCAGGCCCAAUGCCAGGCCCGCAUACCAGCCCCAGAGCCCCCAGCACCCCCAGCACUCCCAGCACCCACAGUCGCACCCCCAGCCGCAGGUGGCCAGUCCGGGUGACGUGGCGGUGGCGGCGGGCGCCUGGGCACGACUGGGCUGGGCGCCGCCGGCCGCCCUGGCGCGCCGCUGGGUCAAGGCGGCCUGCAGGCGCCCCGAGGACUUCGGCGCGCAGGGCCUGUCCAACCUGCUACUGCUGGCCUCGGGCCCGGCAGCUGCUGCUGCCGCCAGCGGCAGUGGCAGGGUGGGCAGUGGCAGUGGCAGUGUGGGCAGUAGCACCGGCAUGACCGCUCUGAGUCGGGAGCUGCGGCCGCUGCUGCCCUCACUGGCCGCGGCAGCCCUCCGACACAGCGCGCCGCCGCCGCGGCCCCUGGCCCCGGCCCCGGCCGCCCAGUCACUUCCGUCACUGCCGCCAGCUACUGCCAAUGCUACAGCCAGUGCCGCCGUGAUUGCACAGCAGGCGGCGAGGACGCUUAUGGCGCUCGCGGCGGCGGCUGCGGCGCGGCAGCGGCGGCGGUCGGCGGCGGCUUCCCCUGGCGCCGCCGGGUCUGUGGCUGGCUCCACCACUAGCGCCCAGCGGUCCCAACGGCGGCGACUGUUCCGUGUGGGUGGUGGUCAGUCAGCCGGGCCGGCCUGGGGCGCGGCUGCGAACAGGCUGCACCGGCUCCGACUGGCGGCUGCUACGGCGGCUGCGGCCGCCGCGGGCGGGGGUGGCAAGGCGCACAAGGACCGGCAUGGCGCGCACAAGCACUCGCAGGUGCAGCAGCACACACAGCAGCAGCACGCACAGCACUGGCACCAGCACCCACACCCGCGGCACGACCGGCCGCAGCGCUUCCCAGCGGCGGCUGCCGCGGCGGCGGCUGAGGGCGCGGCACGGCGCCGCCGCCGCCGCGGCCCUCGUGAGGUCGCAGAGGAGGAGGAGGCGGCGGCAGUAGCAGCCGGGGCGUCGCCGUUGCAUCGGCGUCACCAGGUCGGCGGCAGUAGCAGCAACGGGCCGGCGCUGGAGGCCGCGCAGCGGGCUGUGGCGGCGCGGGCGUGGGCGUCCCUGCUUGCGUCGUCUUGGUCAGCGGCCUCCGAUGCCUCGAGCGCCAACAGCGCUGCUGACAGCGCGGCCCCCGCGGCCCCCGGCAUCCGGGCUCGGGGUGAAGACGUGGUCCGUGGCGCCAUUGCGGCCGCACAGCUGGGAGUCACCCCCGGCCGCGGGCAGCUGACCCGCCUGCACACAGCACUUCUGCAGCUGCUACAGCUACAACCGGGCUCGGCCCCGGCCGCCCCAGCCGGCGGCCCGCUACAGCCGCCGCUGCCGGAACUGCCAGACCGACUGGUGCUGCCGCUGGCUGUAGCACUGGCGCGGCUGCAGGCCCGGACGGGCGGCAGUAGCAGCAACGCGGUCGGCUGUAGCAGCCAGCUGGCGGAUGCCCUGGCGGCGCGCUGCCGGCUGCUGCUGCUGCGCCACCCCGACUGCCUCGACACCAGGCUGCUGCAGCCGCUACAGCCGGCACAGCCGCUACAGCCGCGGUCGGUGCCCGACGCUCCCAGUGCAGCGGCAGGAGCCCCGGCAGCAGCAUCAGUGGCGGGGGCAAGCGCGGAUGCGGGUGCGGGGGCAGAGAGCACCCCCGUGCAGCCCCCACCAGUCCCGCGCCGCGCACUGCCGCUGCGCUCCCUGACCGCCAUGGGCUGGGCUGUGGGCACACUGGCAGCCGCCUGCGGGCUGCUACAGCCGCCGGCAGUAGCAGCGGGCGCACCGGGAGCAGCCGCACCAGUUGCUGCCGCCGGCAGUAGCAGUAGCGAGGCUGCCAACGGCGCUGCAGCAGUGGCGGUGUUGGAGUGGCGGCGGCUGUGGGUGGCGGCGCUGGCUGCACACGGUGAUGUGGUAGCGGCCGCAGCAGCUGCAGCCGCUGCAGCCGCCACGGUUGCUGCCGCUCCUUCCUCCCCACCUUCUGCCUUGGGCUCUGCGCCUGCAGCCGCGGCGGCCCCCAAUUCCGGCGGCAGCGGCAGCAGUGGCGCUAGCAGCAGCUGCGGCGCUGUUGAGACGGAGCUGCUGCUGGGGCUGGUGUCGGCCUGGGCGGCGCUGGGUCUGGGCGGGGCGGUGGAGGCGGCGGUGCAGGGCCGACUGCUGGCCAGGCUGACUCCGGAGCUGCCCUCCCUGCCCGCGCACCGCCUGGUCGCGCUCAGCGCCCAGCUGCGCGGGGGGCUGCGCUGGCGCCUGCCCGCCGCCUGGGCGGACUGGCUGGAGGAGUGCCGGGCCGCGGCGGUGGCGGAGGCGGAGGCGGCGGGGGCGGCGGGGGCAGGCAGCAGUCGCCGCCGUCAGCAACAGACGACGGGGAGGAAGCAGCAGCAGCAGGAGCAGCAGGAGCAACAGCAGCAGCGUGAGGCGGCGUUAGGGGUGGGGGCGGCUGUGCGGCGGGCGCAGCCGGCACGGCGCGGGCAGGGGCCGACGGCGGGACGCGGGCGCACAGGGGCCGGCGCGGUGGCGACAGAUGCGGAGACGGAGGUGGCUGGGACAAGGGCUGCCGCCGGUGCUGUUCGCAAUGAGGUGGCGGCGGCGGAGGUUGCGGUGCCGGCUGCGCGGCGGUCCCGGCACUGACCCACCGCACACGCACGCAUACAUGCACACACUGGCGAGCUCCGUUCUAAUAUGUUAGCACCCCAGGUGGGUCAUUAGGUGGUGCACUAGGCGGGGCCGGGUGUGGGGCCCGGACUGGGGUUGUCCGGGCGGGAGGCAGAGUCGGUGUGCUGCGAGUGUCUGUGUUUGCAUAUAGCUUCAGGUAGUGUGAGCGCGCCGGUGUGCUGCAACUGAGUGUGUUUGGAAUGUCAUUAGCAGAGCAGCUGGGAUUAUCAUUAGCAGGAAUGCGUGGGUCUUGCACGUGGCAGAUGGCAGGUAGUGCAGUGUGAGCACCGGAAGGCAUAAGACACGCCGUAGAGCAGGGCGUCAGUCAGGAAGGACACCGUUCAGGAGCCACUUGCGGGUGCACCAGCGGCGGAUGUGGGCUCUCGGGCUUUGUAUGAUAGGCGCUGUGCCUUUGUGUGGUAGGCGCCGGAGAAGAUAUCCCCAUUUUCAGGGACGACGAAGACCAAGGAGUGAACUCGUGAACUGGUGAUGGGUGAGAAGCCUUGUGUUUGGGGUGCGGUGGGCAUUGAGUGCAGCCAGACUGCGAGGCGAAGACCGAGUAGCUCAGCCCGACAGGCAGCGGGAGGAGAUUGCGGCAUAGAAGUAAAAGCCGGAGUCGUGUGUUCGUUGAAGUGUUUGUGCGAACGUGCGAGCUGCAGAUGCUUGAGACCCGCGGGAUCUCAAGAGGGGUGGCAGGUGCUCUGGAGGCCCGGGAGGCCGCGCCCGCCCCCAGCCACGGAUUCGUAAGUCCACAUCACUUAAAUGGCG